CACAGGGAGCCCACCCUCGAAACGUCAUGGUCCGAGUCGCUGGGCUGGAGUGUAGCAGUAAACCGGGCAAUGAGCCGACUUUUGCUCCGAGUAGGCUCGAAGAAUCCAGGUCUCUCGACUACUUAUAUUGCAAGCUCUCCUCGACGAUUUUCCAUUAUUGCGGCAACCAGUGUCGCACUCAGUGGCCGUGUAGUGGUAGUAGGACUACAUACUGACCUUACCAGAUGACCUUCCCUCAACUUAUUGGAUACGGUGUGCUCACUCUUGUAGUAUGGAAGCUCGUUCAGAGACGUGCCUCCAGAAAGGCAAACGCCUUAGAUGUUGCAGGCCCAGCAAAAGAACACUGGUGGAAAGGCAACAUGGAGUCGAUGUUUGUGGACGGUUUCCAACGUUGCUUAGAUGUUGCUGCAUAUUAUGGUGGAGCUGUUAAGAUCCAUGCAUUGUUUGGUGAGGAAUGGUUGUAUGUAUCAGACCCACGCGCGCUCCAUCAUAUCCUUGUCAAGGAGCAACAUAUCUUUGAGGAAAAUGACGGCUUUUUAUUUUGCAAUAAGCUCAUCUUCGGCGAUGGUCUCAUUUCGACGCUAGGGGAACAGCACCGAAAGCAGCGCAAAAUGCUAAACCCAGUGUUCUCUACCUCCAAUAUGCGGGAGCUCCUGGCCGUUAUUCAAACCAUUUCCCAUCAGCUAAAAUCCAUCCUCGUGUCAAAUCUUUCUGCCUGCAGUGAGCAUGAUCAUGCACGAUACAGAGAGUCCGUAGAACUCGAUAUGCUACCCUGGCUCUCUCGCAGUUCUCUGGAUUGUAUUUGCGAGGGCGUGCUGGGCUACCAUUCAGCUGCACUAGACACAGGAAACGAGGACGAGUACACAGACGCUUUACGGAUGUUAAGUCCAUCCAUCACUAAAACCAUGAUAUUUCGACCUUUCGUUCCGAUAGUCAUGCGCAAUUGCUCUCUUUACUGGGGCAAAAAGAUAGUAGACUGGCUCACGAUAAGUUGGUUGCCGACCCAGACCACGAAGAAUUUUAGAGAGCUACGUCGCAUAGUCGAAAUCAUGGACUCGGCCAGUAAAGCCAUCUUGCAAGAGAAAAAGGCCGCGCUGCAGCUACCCCCUUCCCUAUUACAGACCCACGACAUGUUGGGAGGAACAAGGGAGAAAGAUAUGAUGUCUAUCAUGCUCAAGGCAAACGCCUCAUCUUCCGAGGCAGAUAGACUAAGUGAUACCGAGCUUUUGGGACAAAUGAACGUUAUGAUUUUUGCUGGUCUCGAGACGACGACGGUAGCAGUGGCUCGUGCACUGUACCUGCUUGCCAAGCACCCUGAUAUCCAGAAACAACUGAGGACCGAAAUUUGUGGUGCCAUGGCUGCAUAUCAAAUUCCUGACGUCGACCAUUCCCACGCCAAAGAUGACAGUGGCGUCAGACUGCCAUAUGAUGUAUUAAUGAACCUUCCUUUACUAAACGCAGUUGUUCGAGAGACAUUAAGGCUCUAUCCAUCGUUACCUGUUCUCACUCGAAGAACUACAGAAGCAGCAUCAGUCCCAUUACAAUUCCCUGUUCGGUCUGCAUCUGGCGAAGAGAUUGAUGCAGUCCAUGUGGCUAAAAACCAGAGACUCGUCAUAUCCAUCCUUGCUGCGAAUCAUAACCAAGCUGUCUGGGGCGAAGAUGCAUCAGAAUGGAAACCCGAUAGAUGGCUCAAAUCUUCUCAAGGGGUCACACCUGGGGACAAGGACGCAGUGAAAUAUCCUGGCGUCUAUUCAUCUAUGAUGACCUUCCUUGCAGGCAAUCGUUCUUGCAUAGGCUUGAAGUUUGCUGAAAUGGAAAUAAAGGACGUAUUGACCACUCUUCUACCAGCCAUUCACUUUGCCUUGCCGUCAGAACCCGACGACAACGGGAAUGUGAAGGAGAUAUACUGGAAAAUGAGCGGUUUCCACACUCCAGUAGUCAAGGCACCUGCAGGAGAUGGCGAAACUCCUCGCCUGCCUUUGAGCAUGCAGCUCGUCCGAGAAAAUAAUCAUUUGAAUAGCCAGUUUCAUGAGUGAUCUGGAUGUCAUGGCUCAGUGCAUGGCAAUUCAUGAUGGCGAAAGAGGAGACAGUCAAGGAUAAGCAUCCUCGCGUCCAUGUGAUUAUUGAUGACGAUGAGGAGACUAUUAUAUUCGAGUUCGACACGAUAUCUUGCUGUACUACAUACUUUACAUGAUGUACUGGCUGUUGUGAAUAAAUAUACCGCGGGGGUUGCUGGAUGAAUAUUAAUACUUGUUGGGCUCGA